AUGAAGAGGAGGAAGAUACCGAUAAAUACAAUCGCACGAUUCGUCGUUCCGUCUCCGGCCUUCCUCCACGAUCCUCCGACGCCAAAGCCGACUCUCUUGUUUGCCAUUGCGAGCGAUGAUGUCAAUGAAGUGCGACAGGUGCUCGAGAGUGGCGAAGCUGGACCAAACGACCAAGUUGGUCCUCAGUCCGCCCUGGCCUUUACUUUGACAAACGACAAGCUGUCGCACAAGAAUGAAAUUGUCAAGGCCUUGUUAGCCUAUGGCGCAGAUCCAUCGGCGUUGCGGAAUCCAAAAUUGAAUCCAUCUGCACAAGCGUCACCGGAGGAAAGUGAGGGUGGUUCAGGCUCACAUUCACAGCCUGGAGAGACGAUGCCAGAAGGAAUGGAUCCUGCUACGAGAUACUACGUUACCAGAGCCGAUUCAACACAUACUCGACAAACAUCUCAGCUUAUAUAUCGCUCAUUCUUCCGGCCCCUCACAAGAGUUCGAUAUGAUCUCAUCGGUCAAGACUGGGUGUUAGAACAACUCUUUAGGGUGUUGAGUAUGCACUCUCAACGGUUGUCAGUGGCUCCCAUCGUGGUUCUGCUUUGCGGUCCGAGCGGUCAUGGGAAAAGCUUACUGGCCCGCAAAUUUGGAAGUCUCUUGGAUAUUCCUACCCAUACCGUUAACAUGACCACCUUGCGUUCCACGCACGAUCUAUGGCAAUCAUACUCUAUGAGUCCGUAUGAGGAACCUUCCUCAGAUACUUUGGCCCAAUUUCUGCUUAACAACGAAGGCGAGCGAUGCGUAGUCGUGCUAGACGAGAUCGAAAAGGUAGAAGAUCCAAAGGCGUUAUAUUCUCUUCUCAUGCCUUGGGAGCUUGGCCGAUGUUCCCUUGAAGUAGGAAAGCGACAUGUUGAUCUCACGAAAGUGAUUUGGCUUGGAACGUCCAAUAUAGGCCAUAACCUUGUAUUUGAGCACUGUGAUUCCCGACCAGAUCCAAGCAAACCCAUCACUCGAGAAGAGUACCGAGAUCUCAUGGAUCUUUCGAGACCUCCUGUUUCGGAAUGCCUCGGAGCUUCACUUUUGUCUCGCGUUACCACCGUGUUGCCUUUUAUUCCGUUCACCUUGGAAGAAAAAAUGGCAAUCGCCGCUGAAGCGGUGUACUCUCUCACUGGCAACGCUGAGAAGACCCUGACUCCUCAAGAUGUGGAGGCAAUUGUGAUGAAAGCGCUGCCAAGUUAUGUUCCAUCGGAGGGUGCUCGCUCGUUACACAGAGCUGUGUCGAAUCAAUUGGUGGAUAUGAUCUAG